AUGAAGAGCUUGGCUAUCUUUGCCGUCUCGGUUUCCUUGGCGUCUGCCAUGUGCCACUAUGGCACAAAUUUGAUGCCCCGUGAUGUCGGCCUUGAGCGUCGUGCUGAUGGUGAUUUUGGCUACGAUGAGCUUCAUUCCGCGCUUGGGUGGCAUGGCUUGAGCCCAAACAACACGAUCUGCGCCGUGGGCAAGAACCAAUCCCCUGUGAACAUCAAGACCGACGAGUAUGAAGUUGUCGAUGGCGCUUCAUACAAGUUCGACAUUGUCAACUACCCCCACGGCGCCGAGUUCCUCAACACUGGCCACAACGUUCAAGUCUUUGCCAACGGUUCCGCCGAAUUCGAUGGUACAAAGUAUAGCCUUGCCCAGUACCACUUCCACACGCCCUCUGAGCACCGCAUUGGCGACGAGUACUACCCGUCCGAGGUUCACUUUGUCUUUCAGAAUGGCAACGACCUUGCUGUUAUUGGUUUCAUGAUCGAGCUCGCCGGCUGGGGCGACCGCAUCAACUGGCCCAUCUCCAAGUCGCUCGCCAAGGUGUUGCAGAUCCCCAGCGGCGGCAACAAGGUCACCACCGCCGCCCUCCACUUCGGUGCUCUUGAGCACCACAUUCGCAAGUCGGAUGUCUACCGCUACUCCGGCUCCUUAACCACCCCUCCGUGCGACGAGGGCGUCAAGUUCAACGUUGUUGCCAACCCCAUCUAUAUUGACGUCAAAACCUUCCGCAACACCAAGAAGGUGAUCAAGUUCAACAGCCGAUAUACACAGAAUGCCCCUGGAGAGGUCAACCUCCUGGACCACGCUCGCAUCGUCCUCGACAAAUUGUAA